AGCCCGCCCCCGGCCCGGGGUGCGAAUCCGGUGCCGGCGAGCGGCGGGAGAUGCUGGAGGUUCGCGAGCCGAAGUGGCUGCAGCUGGCGCCGCGUCUGCCCCGCGUGCCCGGAGCGGAUUCUGCCCGCCGCCCCUGGAGCCCUCGGCGCCUCCACUGAACCCGCGAUCGCAUCCUCCCUGUGACCGACCAGCGCUGCAGCUCAGAGCCCGGCAAUGCCGUUUGGGUGUGUGACUCUGGGCGACAAGAAGAACUAUAACCAGCCAUCGGAGGUGACUGACAGAUAUGAUUUGGGACAGGUCAUCAAGACUGAGGAGUUCUGUGAGAUCUUCCGGGCCAAGGACAAGACGACAGGCAAGCUGCACACCUGCAAGAAGUUCCAGAAGAGGGAUGGCCGCAAGGUGCGGAAGGCAGCAAAGAACGAGAUAGGCAUCCUCAAGAUGGUGAAGCAUCCAAACAUCCUGCAACUGGUGGAUGUGUUUGUGACUCGCAAGGAGUACUUUAUCUUCCUGGAGCUGGCCACGGGGAGGGAGGUGUUUGACUGGAUCCUGGACCAGGGCUACUACUCGGAGCGAGACACGAGCAACGUGGUGCGGCAGGUCCUGGAGGCGGUGGCCUACCUGCACUCACUCAAGAUCGUGCACAGGAACCUCAAGCUGGAGAACCUGGUUUACUACAACCGACUGAAGAACUCAAAGAUCGUCAUCAGCGACUUUCACCUGGCUAAGCUAGAGAAUGGCCUCAUCAAGGAGCCCUGUGGGACCCCCGAAUACCUGGCCCCAGAGGUGGUAGGCCGGCAGCGGUAUGGACGCCCUGUGGACUGCUGGGCCAUUGGAGUCAUCAUGUACAUCCUGCUUUCAGGGAAUCCACCUUUCUAUGAGGAGGUAGAGGAAGAUGACUAUGAGAACCACGACAAGAAUCUCUUCCGCAAGAUCCUGGCUGGCGAUUAUGAGUUUGACUCUCCAUACUGGGAUGACAUUUCGCAGGCAGCCAAAGACCUGGUCACAAGGCUGAUGGAGGUGGAGCAAGACCAGCGGAUCACUGCAGAAGAGGCCAUCUCCCAUGAGUGGAUUUCUGGCAAUGCUGCUUCUGAUAAGAACAUUAAGGACGGUGUCUGUGCCCAGAUUGAAAAGAACUUUGCCAGAGCUAAAUGGAAGAAAGCUGUCCGAGUGACCACCCUCAUGAAACGGCUCAGGGCCCCAGAGCAGUCCGGCACGGCUGCAGCCCAGUCUGCUCCUGGCACAGACACUGCCACCCCUGGGGCUGCGGGCGGGGCCACGGCUGCAAGUGCAGCUGCCUCAGUCCUUGGGGGCAGUGCCGCCCCAGCCACAGCGGGUGACACUACAAAGAGCGAGAACGUGGCCCCCGCUGACCGUAGUGCCACCCCAGCCACAGACGGCAGUACCACCCCAGCCACUGAUGGGAGCGUCACCCCAGCCACUGAUGGGAGCAUCACCCCAGCCACCGAUGGGAGUGUCACCCCAGCCACCGACAGAAGUGUGACUCCAGCCACUGAUGGGAGAGCCACACCAGCCGUGGAAGAGAGCACCGUGCCCACCACCCAAAGUUGUGCCACACCGGCUGCCAAGGCUGUUGCCACCCCUGAGCCGGCUUUGGCCCAGCCGGACAGCACAGCCCCAGGGGGCGCAACAGGCCAGGCUCCACCCUCUAGUAAAGGGGAAGAGGCUGCUGGCUGUGCCCAGGAGUCUCGGAGGGUGGAGAGCAGCUGAGGGGGCAGGCUGUGGGGGGCGGGGGAUGGGCAGGAGGGUGGGAGAGUGGAUGAGGGGCUUCUCACUGUACAUAGAGUCACUGGCAUGAUGCCCUCGCUCCCCCCCGCCCCUGCCUCCCAGCAUGGGGCAUGUCUGGGGGCCACAGGAGACCAGUCUCAUCUCCUGUGUGUAUGUGCGUGAGUAGUGGGCAGGCCAGAGGCGGGACCAGCCCUAGCCCCUGCAUGGAUUCCUUGUGGCUUUUUCUGUCUUUUGCUAGCUUCAUCAGUUUCUGUUUCUUGUGGGAUGCUGCUCUAGGGAUACUCAGGAGGUCCCUGCUCCCCUGCCCCCCUCCCCUCUCUGCCUCACAGUUCCCCCCCACCCAGGCAGGCCCUGAAGGUCCCAUCCUCUCCCAGGCCCUAAAUUGGGUGGCCUUGCCCUGAGAGCUGGUCCUCCAGCGAGGCCCUGUCAGCGGUCUUAGGCUCCUGCACAUGAAGGUAUGUGCCUGUGGUGUGUGGGCUGCUCUAGGAGUGGAAACAGGCUGGUAUAGAGAAUGCUGUAAUCUCGGGCAGUAUGCUUUAAGUCAAGACUGGUCACAUGGCUGGGGGCACUGCUUGGUAGCCACGGGGGUCCUCAGAAGUGAAAAAGAAUGAGCUGGAGGGUAGAAGCUCCCAUCUCUGUCCCUGGGAUGUCUCUCCUAAGACCCUUGCGCUGUUUCCUGCCCUCCUGGGUCCUGCAGUGGGUUGCCCUGUGCCCUGAGCUUCAGGAGCCUGCAAGGGGAAGGAGGAGCAAUUAGGAUGUGGCGAUGAGAUCUGGGAGGGCGGAGUGCAGACCCAGGACCUAGCGUACCAGCCUAGCUGGGUCCUUACCCUGGGCUGAACAAGGACAGCUGCCACUGGCUCUUCCCAGAUGGGCUCCCUUAGGCUCAGUCCACAGUCCUCUCCAUCCCAGGCAGGGGGCCUGCUGCCUGGCAGUGUCCUGUAGUCUGAUUUGGGGGGUUGCCCUUCACAGGGUCAGGUUUUCUGCUCUCUCAAUUCAACAGUGAAAUAGACAGGAACACUCUAUGUCUAUGACCCACUUCCCCUUCUAUCAAGGUUUAGAGAGAGGCCCAGGUGUCUCUGGGCCACGCUGAGUUGCUUUUGCUGGAAUGAGGGAGUGAAUAAAGCUCCCCAGUUUCCUAAUGGAGGCUCCUGGCAGGUGCCCUUUGUCAGACCCUACUAGAGCCUGGGCAGGCAGCCACACUGGUCCCAGCCCUCGCUUGGCACUCGGGGUAGUCCUGCCCUUCUCCCUGCAUGCCUGUGGGUCUGCUCUGGUGUAUGAAGGUCGGUGGGCUGUGUACCUGCUGAACCUGGCAAAUAAAUGUCACUCUGCCAAAGCC